UUUGACAACGCUUACGCUAUAUUCCCCAUUUUACUAUCCGUGUUCAUUGCUACUUUAAUCAAAAAUGGACGCCAAACAAGCAGACAUGAAAAACGAGACAGUCGAGUUGUCCAACCAGCCCAUGACAACCGAUUACGGGAUCAAAGUCUCAGACCCCGAUCACUGGCUGCGGGUGGUCGACGAGAAGCGCACUGGGCCUAGCCUGUUAGAGGAUCCUAUUGCUCGGGAGAAGAUAAUGCGCUUCGACCACGAGCGCAUCCCCGAGCGCGUCGUGCACGCCCGCGGCGUAGGCGCCUUCGGGACCUUCAGACUCCACAGACCUAUUCCAGAAUACACAAGCGCAGGCGUCCUCAACGACACAGCGCGCGAGACGCCCGUGUUUGUGCGGUUCUCGACGGUGCAGGGCAGCAAGGGGAGCGCGGAUACGGUCCGCGACGUGCGCGGGUUCGCGGUCAAGAUGUACACGGCUGAGGGCAACUGGGAUAUUGUGGGGAAUAAUAUCCCGGUUUUCUUCAUCCAGGACGCGAUCAAGUUUCCGGAUGUUAUUCACUCUGUGAAGCCUGAGCCGCAUAAUGAGAUCCCGCAGGGUCAGAGCGCGCACAAUAAUUUUUGGGACUUUCAGGGCUUGCAUAGUGAGACGGCGCAUAUGCAGCAGUGGAUUAUGUCUGAUCGGGCGAUCCCGCGCUCGCUUCGCAUGAUGCAGGGGUUUGGUGUCAAUACCUACUGUCUUGUCAAUGCGAAGGGGGAGCGUGUAUAUGUCAAGUUCCACUGGAAGCCUGAACUGGGCGUCCAUUCUCUUGUCUGGGAUGAGGCGUUGAAGAUCUGCGGGCAGGACCCCGAUUUCCACCGCAAGGAUCUGAUGGACGCCAUCGACGCGGGCCAGUAUCCCAAGUGGAAGUUCGGUAUCCAGGUGCUGCGGGAAAGCCAAAUGGACGACUUCGAAUUCGACAUCCAAGACGCGACCAAGGUGUGGCCUGAAGACCAGGUCCCCAUUGAGUACAUCGGCGAGCUGGAGCUCAACAGGAACGUGGACGAGUACUUCCCGCAGACGGAGCAGGUGGCCUUCUGCACGAGCCACAUCGUCCCUGGGAUCGACUUCUCCAACGACCCCCUCCUGAUCGGCCGCAACUUCUCCUACUUCGAUACCCAGCUCUCUCGCCUCGGCCCCAACUGGGAGGAACUCCCCAUCAACCGCCCCGUGUGUCCCUACAUGAGCCUCGUCAACCGAGACGGCGCCAUGAGACACCGCAUCACCAAGGGCAAGGUGAACUACUGGCCCAACCGCUACGAGGCGAACCCGCCCACGGAUCCCUCGCAGGGCGGCUUCGCAACUUACCCCGAGAAGCAGCAGGGCGUGAAAGCCCGCGGGUUGUCGGACAAGUUCAAGGAGCACUACAACCAGGCGCAGAUGUACUACAACUCGCUCUCGCCCAUUGAGAAGAUGCACACGGCCAAGGCGUUCUCCUUCGAGCUGGACCACUGCGACGAUCCAAUCGUGUACAAGCGUCUCUCUGAGCGUUUGACACUUAUCGACCUUGAGCUGGCGAAGACAGUAGCCAAGAACGUGGGGGGUGACACGCCGACAAAGCCAUCGAAGGAAAACAAGGGGCAGACAGCCCAGGGCUUAAGUCAGACUGACUAUGAGCCCGCAACGGCCGUGAUAAACACGCGCAAAGUUGCACUCUUGAUCGCAGACGGCUUCGACCACGCCUCGUAUAUCGGAAUGAAGACCGCCUUGCAGGACCGCCACGCGUUCGUUGUUACCAUCGGCUCGCAGCGGCAGGGGGUGAUCGCCGAGUCUGGCGAAAAGGUUAUCCCCGAUCAUCACUUCCCAGGAAUGCGGUCUACCCUGUUCGACGCGACGUUCAUCCCGGGAGGUAAACAUAUCGCGACGCUGGCGAAGAAUGGGGUUGCGAAGUACUGGGUGACCGAGUCUUUUGCCCAUCUGAAGCCGAUUGCUGGUGUUAAUGAAGCUGUGGAUUUUAUCCAGAGGCAGAUUAAUCUGGGCUCCGUGAAGACCGCGUCGUCUGGCCAGGUGGUCGAGAGCUAUGGUGUUGUCACCGGUCAGGGCUCUCCGUCGGACUUGCUCAAGGCUUCCGCGACUAUCUCCAAGGAUAGCAAGGGGCUCGCGGACCAGUUUAUCUGGCAUAUUUCCCGACAUAGGAACUGGCAGCGAGAGCUGGAAGGAUUAAUCGACGAGGUAGCCGCUUGAAUUGUCCUAAUGACGAUAUGAUCAUGUGUUAGUGUAACUAUAAUGUACUAGUAAUGAAGUCAAUUACCCCUUGCCAUACCAAAUGGAGGUCUACUGAAGACAUGGAAACCUUUCGCAGAAAGGGUUGCUUUAUUGUCCUUUCGUUGUAUAUUUCUCUUUUCCUUUCUUUGCUCUUUUCUUUC